CGUUAGUUAUUUUAUGGCCAUUUAGCUUUAAAGAGACUUGUUGUCCUCUGGUGCUUCGUGCCGCACUGUCUGUUAUGGACUUUACCAUAUGAGUACAUUGAGGAUAAUAGCAUUAAAACAUGCCUCUGCCGCCAGCAUUGCGAAAACGCCUAGCAAACCGAGGAAUUGUUCAGGGAAGUACAGGAAGUAAAAAUUCAGCAGAGAAUGAGGAAAUUAUUGCCGAAGAUUACGACGAAGUGGAAGACCCAUUGCAGUAUGAUUUCGAGCCGGUUAAGAAGCCGUCGUCCAAUUUUUGGAUCGAACGGAUGAAACGGCGAAUUGGCGAUACAAAUGUGUCUGGUUACAAAGGUUGCCCGAAUAAAUAUAAUAUUUUCCAUAAGUGCACGUUGUAUUGUAUUAAUAAAUGGGGAGAUGGCAUUCUGGAGCCAAAACGGUCAUAUUUACGACGCAGAAAUCGGUUGCUGAGGAAAUAUCCGUUGCCUAAAAAUUGGUUGGAGGUUUACGACUAUGGCUGCGCGGUAUACUACUACUGGAAUACAACAGACGAUACCGUGUCCUGGCUACCUCCUGGCCACCCGAAAGCUUAUAUAUCUAAGAGCGCAGCUGUACUGCGACAUGAACUCGACGAAGCCAUACCGAUAGAGAUGGAAGACGACGGUGGCGAGCAGAUGACUCUCGACAUUCAAAAACUUCUGGACGAAUCAUUGCCGCCGCCGCACAAACAGCGUCUUCCUUCACCAGAACCCAAACCGCCGAAGAAAUCGAAACCACGCGACUUGGAUAAGGCUCUUCGUCACAAGCAUUCGCGUCGGGUCCGGAUGUCUCGUCCCGGAGAUACCGAUUCCUUGGAUCCCAUGGACCCAGCUUCUUAUUCGGACAUACCGCGCGGUAAAUGGUCGGACGGGCUACUUGAUGGAGGAGGCGCGAAAUCAGGAUCGGAUCCAACUGCUUCAGGAGCGUUAUUUCAAAUGCGUCCUUACCCAAGUCCGGGUGCCGUUCUGCAACGCAACUCGGCCGCUGGGGGAACUGAUCGUAAAACGGCCAAACAUUCACCCGCAAGGAACGACUAAACAUGCAUCUCUAGUGGUCAAUCUCUAUCUAUUCUUGAAAUAAAAUACGCUUCUUUAAGUAA